CUUGGAUGCAGAUGUUAAAGUGUAAAAAUGUAAAUGUUUUACAGCUGCAGAUAUGGCAAAAUUUUGAAAUAAAUGUAUAGUAUACUUGUGUCGCGUUCUUGUAUACUGAGGACAAAAUCAAGAGAUUCGUUAAACAUGUCGCCUUCCCAUUCGGACAUUUUCGUUUAACGACACGUUCUAAAUGUGUUAGAACGAUCAAAUGCGUUACAACGAUGAGCGCACGUUUUCCAUAAGAUGAUGAUCCAUUUGGACAUUUUCGUUUAAAGAUGUUAGAACGAUGAAAUGCGUUAGAAGAUCACGAUAUCAAUCGAAUAGCGAUAUUAGAAAUAGGAGAUGUGCCCUGCAAAAGAAGAUUCAUACAGUGUAUAGUUGUUGGUGGUUGUUAUUCUCCUUUAUUACCCUGAACCAAUAACUAUGCAAGAUGUUCACAGAAAAUGCAAAUACUUCCAUGGAACAUAGUACCGAUCCUCGACAACUUUUCGUGUGUUAGGAGCUUUUUGUCCGGAUGUCAAAGGUCAGUCCCAACAAAGCGUGGAGAGUUAUGGCAUAUGACCCAGCACUUUCCAAAAGCUCUAGUCAGCAGGAGCUGAAGAAACUCGCAUCUGUUAUACUGUUUGUCUGUUUUCUCAUGGCACUUACCUUUCGUACGGUUAUCAAUCAGCCGGAUUCAUCUCCCGACUUGUUCAGACUCAAUUCACUGACAGCUCCCGAACCUGAUUCCGAACCUCCCUCGAUCCAAAACCUAAGCAGCUGGAAAUCGGACGUGCUCGAAAUCACUGGCGACAUACGUAUCCACGGCCUCUCGUCCACCGUCUUCGUAGCCUCGACCUCACCACGGCCCAUGGCCUCCUCCAUAUACCCUUACGCCCGCAAAGGCGACAAGUACAUCAUGGACAAAUUCGUCACCCGCUGGCAAAUCUCCCUCCAACCGCCGUCAAAAUUACCGAAAUGCCACCGCCGGCUCCCGUCCCCGGCCGUCCUCUUCUCCGGCGGCGGCUACAGCGGCAACCACUUCCACGACUUCACCGACAUUCUCAUCCCUCUCUACCUAACCGCGAAACAAUUCAACCGAGACGUGCACCUCCUCGUAGCCGACCCGCGGCCCGAAUGGCUCGAAAAAUACAAGCUCGUGCUCGAAAAUCUCUCCCGCCAUGUCAGCGUCGACGUGACCGGCGAGAAGAGCGUGCUCUGCUUCGGGUGGACGGUAUUGGGCCUCCGGGCCCACAAGGAGUUCGGCAUCGACCCUAAGCAGGCCCCGCACUACACGAUGGCGGGCUUCCGGGAGUUCAUGCGGGCCACGUUCUCGCUGCCGCGGGCCGUGGGCCCGGGCCCACGGCCCCGGAUGCUGAUCAUCUCGAGGGCGGCGAAUCGGUUCUUGACGAACGAGGAUGAGGUGGCGAGUAGGGCCCGCGGGCUGGGGUUCGAGGUUGACGUGGACGAGACGGGGUGGAACGUGACGGAGACUUCGAGGAGGGUCAACUCGUAUGACGUGCUUGUAGGGGUUCAUGGGGCGGGGCUGGCGAACAUGGUUUUUUUGCCGGAAGGUGGGGUUGUGGUGCAGAUCAUACCGUUUGGGGCGGACUUGUGGGCCAAGCCGUAUUUUGGGAGGCCCACGAGGGAGAUGGGGUUGAAGUACUUGGAGUACGAGGUGGGGCUGAACGAGAGUUCGUUGUUAGGGAAGUACGCGGAGGACAGCGAGGUGUAUAGGGAUCCGGGGGCGGUAUAUGAGAAGGGGUUCUUCCAUUUCCAUGCGGUGUAUUUGAAGGAUCAGAAUGUGAGUAUUGAUUUGGGUAGGUUUAAGGAGGUGCUGAUUAGAGCGUAUGAGCUUUGUGUGUAG